AUGUCUACGGCUACCACCCCCGCCAAAGGGUCGGAUCCGAAGCCGAAGGAGGCUGCAUCCCGCUCAUGCCCUGCGUCAUGCGGGUCUGCCAUCUCAGGCAGGGACCCUCACCCAGUGUGCAUAACCUGCAUGGGCGCUAAACACGCUCAGGCAGCGCUCGCUGACCGCGAGUCCUGCGGGUAUUGCUCAUCUAUGCCUGAGAAAAUAUUGGAGAGAAGGCUCAGAGUUGCGGUGGCUCAUCCCCAGGACCCGUUGCUGGCGGGGACCACCGAUAAACCCACAGCUGUCACUCAACAGCCCCGUAAGACUGAACUAUGGUCAGAUAUGCUGAAUGACGAUGACGCUGAUAUGCCGCCAUUAUUCGAGGACCUGCUCGAAGUGGACCCAGGCGACGAGGGCGCAGACGGCAAUGAUGCCGCUUCUGACUUCCUCGAGGCUGUGGAUAUGGAUGAUGUGGAGGAGGACUCUACAUUCCCAGCGGCCCAGUCCCGACCCUCCAGCGCAUCUGAGGCUGCGACUCCCGUCGAUAGCAGCCUAUAUGAUGUGUGCAAGCGCGCUGCCGCCAAGCUUAACAUAACCUGGCCAGCCGCUGUAGAUGCGGAGGAUGGAGAAAGGGAUUUAUAUGACGGUAAACGGCUCCCGCCAGCGCAUCCACCUCCGAAGCAACUUCUCCCUGCUUUCAGCGCGUGCAUGAGAGAGGUGGGAAGGUUUUGGAAUAACCCACUUAGGAGCAAGCUUCCUGUACAGGGCUAUUCAAAGCUGGAGAUCCAUGGGAUGAAGGAGCUGGGGUUGGCCGAACCCCCAGCGGUGGAGCCUUCAGUGGAGAGUUACAUCCUCCAUUCUGCAACGCAUGAAAUGGGACAACAGCUGGACUCUGGGUCUCCUAACCCGGUCCUCUGGGAGGAAAUCUGCGUGGUAAAUGACCUCAUCCUACGCUCUACUCGUGGAGCUGUCCAGGGCUGCGGCCAUGUCAUGGGACUGGCCGUAGCGGGUGAGAGGGGUCUAUGGCUCAACCACUCAGGUCUGACAGACGCUCAGAAGGCUGAAGUUAUGGACACUGCUUAUGACCCUACCAAAGGAAACGACCUCCUCGUCCAGCGCAGCCCCAGAGAGCGGGCCCCUCUGGACAGACAGGCCCCAGGGUUCCCAGGGCGGGCCCUGGGCCGCAGAGGGGGGCAACCCAGCACCCUGGCCAGCAUUCCAACCAGCAUUCUGGCCAGCAGCAACGGCCAGGCAACUCCAGACCAUGGGGAAAACACUCCUAUGCUGCGGCUGCAGCAAAAAAACGCUCUUCUCAGCCCGGGGAGAGCAAAAAGAAGCGCAAUUCCUAGCAAUCAAGCUUCUUCACCUGUUCCCCCUCUGAAAAGGAGGAGAAUGGACCCUGCGUUGCGCUUGUGUCCCAAACGUCACCUUCACCGCAGAGUGAAGGUGGAUUCCCAGUGUGUUAUUGCACUACGUCCGUGGCGGGAGGCUCAUCAUGCUCUUUCAGCCGGAGUCCCGCUGGGCGCCGUGUCGUCAAGGGUUACCCUGACAACCGACGCUUCCCUGUCAGGGUGGGGGGCCACUCUGUCGGGUCGGACGCUCUACAGCUCGGUGGAGUUUGGACGGAGGUGGCAGAUCGUGCAUGAGCGAGUGGCCCCCAAUCGUUUCUACUGGUCCAAAAUGGGUUUGGACAAAGAGGCCGGCCUAAUUCACCUGGAAACCAGCAUCUCGGAAGGACGUGAGUAA